AUGGCCGAUGCUAACAAACCCCGACUGUCUUUGCCCAAGGAUGCGGACGCCCGGCGCAGUCGGUCCUUUGGCGGAUGUGGAACUUGUCGAAACCGCCGGAUGAAGUGUGACGAGGGUCGGCCGACAUGCUCCAUGUGUAGGGCCUCCAACCUCACAUGCAGCGGCUAUGAGAAGAAUAUAUUUUUCGACUUUGAGGAGAUUCCGAGCGUCGGAAUGGCGCGCUUUCGGAGACCCUUGUUGACGGAAUCCGAACGCGAGUCAAUGAGUGACGAACUCGUCUCCAGCAUUCCUCCGGCGUUGACUCUUUGGCAUAUUGCCCAAAUUGAGGACGAAUGCGAGAGGGCACCGCUAUCCCAAAGCGUCCAAAUCAGUCGAGGUCCCUUCGGGGCCUUUAGAGUACAUCGACUGUCAAUGGAAUCUUCAAAGGCUGCGCCCGAAUCGAGUCCAGAGUCAAAUAAUCCCACAGUCGGCAGCCCUCCAAAGGCUGCGAAAGAGAUCGGGGAGGACAGUCCUGAGGAGGCAGACGAAGAGCUCAUGAAUCCACCAGACGGUUCUCCGGCUCAAGAAACGACGCCGUUACUUGGGCCUGCUCUUGCCUGCUUGGACCAUCGUCCAUUGAGCCCUCUUACUGAGUGGUGGAACACGAACGAAUGGUGGAAUAUGGGUGAUCUCCCAGACGCGAGCAAUUGGUGGGACACGCCUGUGGAACUAGAUCGCGUACGCGAUAUAUCCGAUAAUGUCUCUUUCUCCGGCAUGGAACAAUAUCCGAGGGUACCAAUCCAUGUCGCCUCUCAGGAUGUUCAAGUAUGCAUACCGAGCAUGUUUGCAGACACUCAGUCUCAGCAGCUUUCAACGCCAGAAAACUGCUCUAUUGCCCCCGCAAUCGACUACGCCGUUCCUCACGAUGCGGUCUUCCUUCUGAGACACUACUCUACAACAGUCCUCCGAGGCUUCACGCCCUUCCGCCACAGCAAAACGCCAUGGCAUAUCCUAUUCAUACCAUACGUCAAAAGUUGUCUAGCAGCACUGACACUCGGAGACGACAUGGACCACGCUAGCUUAACGGCAUUCUACGGCACGCUCGCCAUCAGCGCCUCCAGCCUUGGUGGCAUCUCUAACUCGCGCAAGUGGUCCGAACAGGCAAACAACUACAAGCAGCGCGCUCGCCACCACGUCCGGCUCAUGCUACAGACAGCCUACGAUGUUCCAAAAAAGGCAAAGUACAAAUCGAUACUGAUUGCGUUUUUGACAAUGGUACAAAUCUCGAGCGUCUCCGGCAGCCGUGAUCAAGUGGAGUGCUAUCUUCUAGAGGCGGAAAAGUUCAUACGCGUCAAGGGGCUCAACAGGAAAAAGUCGCGCAAGGUCCGAUUACUGCAUCACUGCUACGCGUUCGAGCGGGUCUUGCACGAGACCACGUUCCCGGGGAGCACGCAGUCUCCUCACCGUCUCCACGUGCGCAAGGUAAUUGAGACCAGCAAUGCGAGUGCCUAUAGCAUAGACAACCUGUCAUUUCAGCUGGCGAGCUGGAGCAACCUCGACCAAGAAAUGCUCAAGGUCAAGGGGCGGGAAGAAGGGGAGAACGAUCUCCAUCUCCAGAUCCCGGGUGUCUGGCUCGCAACACUGUAUCCCGAAAUCUUUGGUAUCCCAGAGAUCUACAUGUUCCUCCUUUCGCUCGUUAUCCGGCUGGCUCGGUCAAAAGAAGAUCCAGAGUACUCGAGUCCCGCAGGUCUGAAAGAGUUCAUGUUCCGCGCCAAGGCAGUCGAGAGACGUAUCCACCAACUCAGACGGCAGCCCGGAUACGUGAUAGCAGACUUGCCCACCUCGGACCCGGAGAUGCAGCACUGCCAGCAAUUUCUAGAUAAUCUCUCCCAGGCCAUGCUGCUUGCCUUGACCAUAUUCUUCUAUCGGAGGGUGUACGACGUGGAGGCGGACAUGUUACAGGAUAAGGUUGUCGGUGUUCGGGAUUGUUUGCUGCGGUUCGAGGCAACCGAGUCUGAGAUGGGGUACGGGUCAGCCAGGCUGGUGUGGCCUGCAGUGAUUGCGGCGAGCGAGGCAGAUGACCCAGAGGUGAGGGAAUCGUUUGCACAGUUUUUCAGGGACUGGGCGCGUCGGAGCGGUCUUCGUAUCUUCAGCGAUUCUCUCGUGGAUGUCGAGAGACGGUGGGCCGAGAAGGAAUGUGUAGAUAGCGGCGGCGCCACCGAGGCCAUUUUGAUAUCGUAA